ACACGAGAAGGACGCUGCCGGCUGCGGGAAAAUUUGAUCCUCGGACAGGUUGGAAACUCAAGCAUCCCCCCCGGCUUAUAUAAGACCAAGCCAGCUGUGAGAGAGCACCACAAAGCCUUAUCUGCUGCUGCUUUGGACCUGGACGCAGAGGAACCCGAGCCAACAGCGGACCAACAUGUCGCUCACCUCCAUCCUUUCAGCUGAGGCCAUUGAAAAUGCUGUCAAAGACUGUCAAGCUCCAGACUCAUUCUGCUACAAAAAGUUCUUCCAGCUGUGUGGCCUGUCCUCAAAGACACCCCAGGAAGUCAAAGAUGUCUUCCAGAUCCUUGAUGACGACAACAGCGGCUACAUUGAGGAGUCUGAGCUCAAGUACUUCCUGCAACGGUUCGUCCCCGGGGCGCGGACACUGACUGAAGCAGAAACCAAGAGCUUCAUCUCAGCAGCUGAUGAUGACAGUGAUGGCAAAAUUGGAGUAGAGGAAUUCCAGACUAUGGUCCUGUCCUGAGUGUCACAGACAAAAGGAGCUCAAGUCUUAAGGACUUCAGUCAGCCCGCCCCACCUCUGGACUCUUCUGAUCCCAGCUUCCAAUCUCACUUAUUACUUUUGUUUUCUUUUGUUUGUGUGUUUUGUUUUCUACUAAAUUCUGUUUGCGCUCGUUGUUUUUAAAUGACCUUUUGUCCAUUUAAAGACAAUAGACCUUUAAUUUAUCUUUCCACUGUGUUGGUCCAAGCUUUCUUUUCUGUACACACCCCACCUCUGACAAUCAAUGACAUUAAAUAAACA